AUGGCAGCUAUUGCAUUGUCCUGCUGUAACAUAUAUCUACGUUUUGAUGACGAUUUUCGUAGCGGCUAUUCGCUGUUUGACGCAAAGUCAACAAUGGAGCAUGAUAUGUUUCUCAAUUUUUCUGGCUUAGCCAAGCAGCCGUACACUAUUAUGUUGGUCGGCGAAAGUGCUGAUGGUGGGUCAAUGUUGAGGAAGAAGCAGUUUAUGGUUAUGAAAAAAGAGAUCGAUCAAGGGCUUGCUACUGCGCUAAAUGUUUCGGACGAUGAUGGUUCUUUUCUUUUCUGGCCAAGGCAUUUGAAGGAUUUGGUCGUUUUUUCCAGCGAAGUUCAGUUCGACCUGAUAGAGGAUUUUUUGACCAACAAUAACUCCAAUACUAAGUUAGGAUACCCAGUAGCAAGACAUCACGGUCGAGAUAUCAUGAUGACUCGAACUGUCUUUGGUUAUAAUAACGGUAGUGCAAAGUUACUUGCUUUCCUCUUUGCUUUUACUGGUGAUAACCCGUACCUUGAUUACAUUAAGAAAGCUGAAGUCCUUUGGAGCGAAAGGUUGAAGAUGGCUGACAGCAAUGUAACGAAGAUGCGUCUUUUUGGGGAUUCUGUGGUAAACAAUGAGAUACAUUUAAGUGCACUCGGUGCCUGCCCGUACUUCUUUGUAGGCUCUAUCUUAAUGGUUUUGUUUGUAUGUGUGACGAUGUUCCGUCAUAGCGGGAGAUUUCUUCACGCAAUUUAUUUGACUUUUUGGACAAUCUUCUGCCCUGUUCUCGCUGGUACAUGUACAAUGGCCGUCUUUGCAUUAAUUGGAAUACCUUUGAACUGUGUCAUGAUGAUUACCCCGUUUUUGGUGCUCGGGGUCGGUGUGGACGAUGCAUUUUUAAUGAUACAUCAUUGGUAUCAUUCGGAGGAGACAGACAGGAACACUCGGCUUUGUUCUGUUUUGUUGAGGACUGGCCCAUCUAUUACGCUAACAUCAUUUACCAAUAUAGUUGCUUUUUUGAUUGGUAGUUACCGCUCUGCACUUGACCUGAAGCUUUUUUGUUUGAGCGCUGCGUUAGCUUUUACUCUGGACUGGAUUCUACAGUUAUUCGUUUUUUCUCCAAUGUUACUGUUUCUUAAAGUGGAAAGGAAUGAGACACCAACGACGCAGAAAAAGCCAUCGCUGAGAGAAAAUGAAAAAAUGUUCCGAGACCAUGAGAUGAUCAGGGUUUUCGUUAAUGAACUGCCCACUAACGUUACCCUGCUGAGAAGCAGGGUGGAACAGUUACGUAAGAUAGAUUAUUUGUGUAAAGACUUUACUCCUUGGAUUGAGGACUAUGAUGAUAAAGGGUAUGGGAAGAAUGCAACUACUGUGGGAGAGUAUUUCGAGAACCUUGAAGCAUAUUUAGUGACGAAUCCAAAUGCGAUCGCUGACGUCCGGUUCGGCGUUUUUCAAGUUGAGAAGUUUGCUUUUGAUUUGUGCGUUCGUGGCUUUGGAACUUGGAGAGAGCGCGCUCUAAUGCUUGAGGACUUACGCAGCAAGAUGCCCGCAGGUUUUUCUGUGUAUAUGAGCGAGUCUCCAAUUAUGGCUUCUAUCGUAUCUUCCCGCUCUGCUGUGUUGAAGUCAGUGGUGGUCACAGUGAUUUGUAUGGCUCUGAUUUGUCUUUUUUUCCUUCCAACAUUACAUGCUGCCGCUUGUGCCACAGUAUCGGUUGCGUCCAUUACUAUUGGUGUUGUUGGUGGUCUGUAUCUUUGGGGGGCAGAUCUGGACAUGAUCGUGUUAGUAAACUUAGUAAUGGUCGUUGGAUUAACUGUUGACUUCUCGGCACAUAUCAGUUAUCACUGCUUCACUUCUUCUGCUAGCUUCAACAAGCCUGAAAGCUUUGUUGAUGCCAUACACGCAGUUGCGAUUCCAUCGACUGAGGUACUUUUUGAUUAG